AUGUACAAGUUUAAACUCAUAUCCCAGGCAUAUGAAGUUCUGUCGGACCCAAAGAAAAGGGACCUCUAUGACCAGGGUGGGGAGCAGGCUAUUAAAGAAGGAGGCCUGAGUGGCGGCAGCUUCUCUUCACCCAUGGACAUCUUUGACAUGUUCUUUGGUGGUGGAGGCCGAAUGAAUAGAGAGAGAAGAGGCAAAAAUGUUGUCCACCAGUUAGGUGUAUCUCUUGAAGACUUAUAUAAUGGUAUUACACGGAAACUGGCACUGCAAAAGAAUGUUAUUUGUGGAAAGUGUGAAGGUUAUGGUGGAAAGAGAGGGGCAAUAGAAAAGUGCCCUGUGUGUAAAGGAAGAGGAAUGCAAGUUCUAGUUCAGCAGAUUGGACCUGGCAUGGUACAACAAAUCCAAACUGUGUGUCCAGAAUGCAAAGGCCAAGGUGAAAGAAUAAAUCCAAAGGACAGGUGUGACAACUGCAAUGGCUGUAAGGUUGUAAGAGAGAAAAAGAUCAUAGAAGUUCAUGUUGAUAAAGGUAUGAAAGAUGGCCAGAAGAUAGUAUUUCAUGGAGAAGGUGACCAGGAGCCUGAUCUAGAGCCUGGCGAUGUUAUAAUUGUCCUUGAUCAAAAGGAUCACAGUGUCUUUCAGAGGCGAGGCCAUGACUUGAUCACAAAAAUGAGAAUUCAACUCUCAGAGGCUUUAUGUGGUUUCAGAAAGACCAUUGAAACUCUGGAUAACAGAGUUCUCGUCAUAUCAUCUAGGCCAGGUGAAGUGAUAAAACAUGGUGACCUAAAGUGUAUCUGCAAUGAAGGGAUGCCUAUCUACAAAUCUCCAAUGGACAAAGGCAGCUUAAUUAUCCAGUUUUUGGUCCAGUUCCCAGAGCACUACUGGCUCCCCAGGGAGAAACUGUGUCUGCUGGAGGAUCUGCUUCCUCCCCGAGAAGAUGUUAUGAUUACAGAUGAGAUGGAUCAGGUAGACCUUGAAGAUUUUGAUCCAAGUGAGCAAACCUACCGUAACAGUGCGGGAGAAGCAUAUGAAGAAGAUGAGGAGGGUCCAAGAACAGGAGUACAAUGUCAGACAUCUUAAAGCAAGGUGGAAAUGGGUGUCAUCUAAAAUGUAAAUUUUCACAAUGAAAACUGCAUGGCUGUAAUAGCCACUGCUUGUGGGUUUUGUGUUCAGCAAAUUGAGUUGCUGCGCUGCCAGUAUCACCUUUUUGUAACUAAUUUAUAUUGUGUUCUUGUAGUCUUUAUAUAUAAAAGCAAAUGUCACACAGCUGAGAACCAACUGAGUUGGUAUACAUUUUCCUUUGCUGUGAAGGUUCUCAAUUUAUUUCACCUAUGCUAUUUAUAUAAGACUUCAGCAAUAUUGAUAGAGGCUAAGUGGAGUGUCUUAUGUAAAUACUUUCAUACUGGAAAAUUAAUUUCAUAGAAUAAAACAUAGCAGAAAUAACUUCUAAUAAAUAGAACUCUUCACAUUU